CAUGCUAACACAGGAGAGAAACAACAGCAAAAAACAUUGAAAACGGGCUGGACCUAAGGGGAGCCCAACAUGAUCAUGCAACUGGAAACAGUCAGGGGGGCAGCUGCUACCCCAAGUUUUGGAUUAGGCAGGAAUCUUGCUCAUAUCCCCUUGCACCACCCAUUCUAUCAACCACCCAUUCGUCUCAGCCUGGACUGGGGCCACCACAGAAACCAAGAUCUUCCUUCCAUCCACAUAACCAUGCUCAUUUCUUCCCAUAGAUUCCUAUUGCCACCGCUUUCCCUUCUCCUUCCGCCUCUACUACCCCUUAAUCUCAUCUCUUUCCUCUUGCUGCCCCCAUUAGCCCCCCUCUUUUGCUUCCGCCACUCCAUGUCUCAAUCCUCCCCAUUCUUCUCCAUCGCCCGAGCACAUGCUGGAGCAGGAGGGUGGACUGCGGCAGCCGCUCUUCUGCUCCGUCAGCCCGUUGCUCAGCUGCCACCUAUUCAAAGCCUGAGGUGUUUCUCUUCGGCUAGAGUGACAGAUGCCAAGACACUGCGAUCACACCUGAGUCUCCCUCGUGCCUCACUAUCCUCCUUUGCUGAUGCUGAUGAUGGCUCUGGCACAAAAGCUGGUGAUGCAGAGGCAAGGGAGAAGCGGAAUGGGGAAAGCGAGAUGUCAGAGAUGGCCAAGGCAUUCCAUAUCCCGCCACGGAUGGCGAUGUCAAUCUCCGUGAUGAUUGCAUUCGCUGCCCUCACCAUGCCGCUGGCGAUGCGGUCACUGGUCUGUCAUGGGACCUUCAAGAUGAGCGUGCUGGCAUAUCUGACGCUUCUGUCAGGGUUCUAUAUGGCAUGGAAUAUUGGGGCCAACGAUGUUGCAAAUGCCAUGGGGACGUCAGUGGGAUCUGGGGCUUUGACACUACGGCAGGCGGUGCUGACUGCAGCGGUGCUAGAGUUCUCCGGCGCAUUCCUUAUGGGCACCCAUGUCACCAGCACCAUGCAGAAGGGCAUACUGGUUGCGUCUGUGUUCCAAGGAAAGGACUCUCUGCUCUUUGCCGGAUUGCUAUCCUCCCUUGCUGCUGCUGGCACAUGGCUCCAGGUUGCUUCGUCAUAUGGCUGGCCUGUCUCAACUACACAUUGUAUUGUUGGGGCCAUGGUUGGUUUCGGGCUGGUAUAUGGAGGGGUGAAUGCAGUUUUCUGGAGCUCCUUGGCUAGAGUAUCUUCAUCUUGGGUCAUUUCUCCCUUGAUGGGUGCAGCAGUAUCUUUUCUUGUUUACAAGUGCAUACGCAGGUUUGUAUACAGUGCACCAAAUCCAGGCCAAGCUGCUGCUGCUGCUGCACCAAUUGCAGUGUUUACAGGUGUCACUGCAAUCUCGUUUGUUGCUUUUCCUCUCAGUAAAGUCUUUCCCAUUGCUCUCCUGCAAGCAUUAUCCUGUGGGGCAGUAGGAGCCAUCAUUGUUACCCGAGUGAUACAAAAACAGCUAGGUGAGUUGCUGUCUUCGGAAGCAGAAAAGAUAGAAUCUGCUGAGAAGGCAGAUGUUCAGCAGGUUGGAUUUCUUUCAGACAUUGCUGGCCCUACAGGAGCUCAAUUGCAGAUCGUGUAUGGUGUAUUUGGUUACAUGCAAGUCUUAUCAGCAUGCUUCAUGUCAUUUGCUCACGGAGGCAAUGAUGUCUCCAAUGCCAUAGGGCCCCUGGCUGCAGCUCUGUCCAUUCUUCAAGGUGUGGCAAGCAGUGCUGAGAUAGUUAUACCUACUGAAGUUCUUGCUUGGGGUGGGUUUGGAAUUGUUGCAGGUCUUGCAAUGUGGGGAUAUAGGGUGAUAGCAACAAUUGGCAAGAAAAUCACAGAACUGACACCAACCAGGGGCUUCGCGGCAGAGUUUGCAGCAGCUUCAGUGGUCUUGUUUGCAUCAAAGCUUGGUUUGCCAAUUUCUGCCACACAUACACUUGUUGGAGCAGUGAUGGGUGUCGGAUUUGCAAGAGGGCUCAACAGAGUCAGAGCAGAGACAGUUCGCGAAAUUGUGGCCUCCUGGUUGGUCACAAUUCCAGUUGGUGCUGUGCUAUGUAUCUUCUACACAAUGAUCCUAACCAAGAUUCUGGCAUACUUUAUGUGAGUGGAUUGUGAAAUAUAAGAACUCAUUUAAGCGACAUAGAGCAUUAUCACUUCAUUAAUUUUGAUCA